AUGACCUCACCUGCUGGAAUCAUCAGGACUUCUUCCGGACGACAAACAUAUGCACCUGAUGGAUUGACGAGCGACAAUGGCUUGGACGAAAAGGCCGACAUCAAGCCGCAUCAAGACUCGACUGGUUCGCAUGGCCUCAGCGAUGACGACUCUCGCACGGAAGCCGGAUACUUCGACGGGGAAGGUAAAGAAACCAUCGAGAAGGCAGUGGAUGGUGAGGAUAGCUCCGAAAACGAGGAUGGCAUAUUUGAGCCCAUUCAUCCUGGCGACGAAGCCACAUUACGUCGAUUGGCGACUCAAUUGUCUCGAACACAGUCUUCAAGACAUGCCCCGUCAAGACGCAGCAGCACUAACAACAGUGCGCUGGAGAGGAAAGAUACACUGGCAGGACUUGAGCUUAACGACCCAGUAUUCGACCCAAGCUCACCGAAGUUCGACCUCUACAAAUAUCUUCGGAUGUUCAUAAAGCUGAACGAGGAUGAGAACAUCAAGAUCAAGCGUGCUGGCAUAGUGUUCAAAGACGUCAAUGUCAAAGGUACCGGCGCAGCACUCAAUUUACAGAGUAAUGUCGGGAGCUUGUUCAUGUCGCCAUUGCGAUUCAAGGAGAACUUUAGCUUCGGCAGCAAGCCUUCGAAGCACAUUCUACGGCAAUUCAACGGGCUUCUCAGGAGCGGUGAGCUACUCAUCGUUCUGGGCAGACCGGGUUCCGGCUGUAGCACAUUCUUGAAGACGCUUUGUGGUGAGCUACAUGGCCUGGAGCUUGAUAAGAAGUCGACUGUCAACUACAAUGGUAUCCCUCAGAAACAGAUGAUGAAGGAGUUCUUUGGUGAUGUUGUCUACAAUCAGGAGGUCGACAAACACUUCCCACACUUGACCGUCGGCGAGACUCUGGAGCAUGCUGCGGCAUUGAGGACCCCAGACCGACGUCCACUCGACGUCACAAGGAAGCAGCUCGUCAAGCACAUUGUACAAGUUGUGAUGGCGGUUUAUGGACUCUCGCAUACAUAUAACACCAAAGUCGGCAAUGACUUCGUUCGUGGGGUGUCCGGCGGUGAACGCAAACGUGUCAGUAUUGCGGAGAUGACACUUGCAGGUUCACCCAUUGCUGCGUGGGACAACAGCACUCGAGGAUUAGACAGCGCAACCGCACUUUCGUUUGUGAAAGCGCUGCGUCUGUCAUCGAACAUCGCUAGCGCUACCUAUGCCGUUGCAAUCUACCAGGCUAGUCAAGCUAUCUACGACCUUUUCGAUCGAGCAGUAGUGCUGUACGAAGGCAGACAGAUAUAUUACGGCCCUGCUAAGCACGCAAAGAUAUACUUCGAGGAGAUGGGCUGGUUCUGUCCACAACGACAAACAACUGGUGACUUUCUCACCAGCGUGACGAACCCAUCUGAGCGACAAGCUCGCGACGGCUUCGAAAAUAAGGUGCCACGGACACCAGACGAGUUCGAGGCGUACUGGCAGCGCAGCAAGGAGUUCGCAAAUCUUCAGAAGGACAUUCAGCAGUACGAGCAAGACUAUCCUCAUGGCAACGAGGGCGAGCUGCAAGGUCUACGAGAAGUGAAGAACGAUCAGCAGGCCAAGCACGUUCGACCAAAAUCGCCAUAUAUGGUCAGCACCGGCAUGCAAGUCAGUCUGAACGCCAAGAGAGCAUAUCAUCGCAUGAUGAACGACAAGGCAUCCACCUUCACUCCGGUCAUAGGCAAUAUUAUCAUGUCCUUGAUCAUUGGUUCCGUGUUCUUCAACACUCCCGACGCAACAGCCGGUUUCCAGUCGAAAGGAGCUGUUCUGUUCUUUGCUGUGCUGCUGAACGCUUUAUCCGCCAUUGCUGAGAUCAACAGCCUUUACUCGCAGAGACCCAUUGUCGAAAAGCACAAAUCGUAUGCGUUCUAUCAUCCGUGGACUGAGGCUUUCGCUGGAAUUGGCACGUCUUGCAGGAACUUACUCUCCCGGCCUUCGCUAACCCAUCUGCAGUACUGGAUAUACCUAUCAAAUUCAUGCAGGCCGUGUGCUUCAACGUGA